AUGAUCCUAGAACACAUAGUACCUCAAUCUUUCAAAGCAGCUGUACCGUGGCUUACCGGGAUUAUUCUGACCCGUCUUAUGUACAAUAAAUACGGAUAUGGUCUAAGUCACGUACCUGGCCCUUGGUUUGCUGGUUUUACAGAUCUAUGGAGGCUUCUCAUCGUUCGUGGUCGCCGAGCACAGGAAGUACACAUCGAGCUACACAAGAAGUACGGACCUGCUGUAAGAUUGGGCCCUCAAGCAGUAUCUAUUGCAGAUACAGACGCCUUGAAGGUCAUUUACAGCCCGAGAGCAGGAUGGUCGAAGUCGAAAUUCUACCUGGUGCAGCAAGCUCUAGCUAAAGGAAAGAGACUGAAAGCCAUAUUCAACACAGACAACGACAGUUAUCACGCCAGACUUUGA